AAAAGAUCCGGAACAUCCUGUCGCCCAUUGCGUCUGACAAAGCCACAAAACUCAGUGCGCCUGGCGUAGCCACAGAACUGAAUGUGUCUGGCGUAGCCACAGAACUGAGUGUGUCUGGCGUAGCCACAGAACUGAAUGUGUCUGGCGUAGCCACAGAACUGAGUGUGUCUGGCGUAGCCACAGAACUGAGUGUCUGGCGUAGCCACAGAACUGAGUGUGUCUGGCGUAGCCACAGAACUGAGUGUGUCUGGCGUAGCCACAGAACUGAAUGUGUCUGGCGUAGCUAUAGAACUGAAUGUGUCUGGCGUAGCUACAGAACUGAAUGUGUCUGGCGUAGCCACAGAACUGAAUGUGUCUGGCGUAGCCACAGAACUGAAUGUGUCUGGCGUAGCCACAGAACUGAAUGUGUCUGGCGUAGCCACAGAACUGAAUGUGUCUGACGUAGCCACAGAACUGAGUAUGUUAGACGUAACCAGAGAACUAAGUGUGUCUGGCGUAACUAGAUAACUCAGUGCGUCUUGCGUAACUAGAGCUCAGUGCGUCUGGUGUUACCAUAUAAAUCAGUGUCUGGCUUCUGGCGUAUUACGGGCUAUUCAUGCCCGUGCCACCUCUUGGGUGGCUCAAUCUUCUGGCGUAGCUACAUGAUGAAGACGUCACUGGAGCUUGUUGCUCUGAUUACUGCUGCGGUUCAGGUUUGCUCAACAGAGAUUGUUGCACCAGCGGCGUGUUCCCUCCAUCUGCAGACUGACGAAACACCAGCCACAGUCGCCUUCCGCCUUGGUGAUGAAUACUCCAUCAACUUUAUUAUCAGCGGCUCUGGUGUGGACUUCAUGAUAAACAAAACCGAGAAUGUUCUCCGGACCACUUCUGUGUCUCAAAACAAAACAAUUUAUGAGGCACCGAUUUAUAAAAGUUGUUCAGGAGAAUGUACAUAUCUGAACUUCUCGGCCAAUACAAAAGUCUUAACAACUGAAAUAUGGUGUAAAGAAUGGAAGCUUGAUAUUCCUAUUUUGUCCGGGCAUAAAUCGGACGAAAACAUAACUUUGACAUGGCAACACGUGACGGGAGAAGCGGAGCUGUGUGAAGGGUACGAACAAUAUGAUCCAAAGGAAUGCCGGUUUAAAGAAUCAGUAUUUAACACCGUCAGAGCCAUAAUUAUAUGCGUCAGUUCGGUAGUGGUGAUGGCGAUGGUAUGCACCGGACUGUAUCUGGGGAACCACAAGUUCGGCUGGCGUGUUAGGCUGCAACGAAGGACCACUUGGAGACUAACCAGGCACAGCCUCCUGACGCUGCGGUUCUCUUCUUCCACUACCCACACCACCGAGGACAGGUCCGCCAACACGAACACUGUAAUGCAAGAGAACCUCGCGAUGAACAUACAAGGCGACAGAGUGGUCAAUAGGAAUGCUCGGGAUAUGCCAGCCAAUACAGAGGCGGCGCCUCUCAGAUUCGGUAAAGACUGGUCCAUCAGUGGAGAGGCUGCAGACCACUCUUGUGAAAUCAGCUUGUCAACAGGACCUUGCGAAAUCCUUACAGCACAAAGCCAUGCUAGUAGUUCAGAUUGUGAGAGCAGAUUACCAAGCAAGGUCAAAAGCAAGACACGCCGAGAAGGAUUGCUGCAUCAGGAACAAAGAACUCUCUCAAAAAGCAGGUCGUCACCCAAUGGAAACAAGCUAAGGAGAAAAAGCAGGUCACGUUCUGAGGAUAGGUCAACCCAUAAAGACAGAUCACUUAAGAAAGCAAAGUUUAACAGAGAUGAAAAAUCGCACGGCAAAGGAACGUCAAACCGAAACGACAAACCACUACAUGAAACAAUUUCAGCAGAUUUGAAGCCCCCAGCCCUGCUGCCCAAGGAAUGUAGCCACAACCAACACACUCAGAGUCAAGUGGUUGAUCGACCCCAGGACAUGUAUUCAUCCUCUUCCUGUAACAUCAUCGAGGAAAAUGACAUAUAUAUACCCUUCCAGACAGUGAAGCAGGUAGAGGCACAGGGAGACAACACGUAUGAAAACCUUUGGUCAAGAGAAAGUUAUUAUAUAAAUAAAGGUGAUUCGUGAAUGUUUAAAGUUGUAAAAUGUUUUAAAUUAAUGGAAGGGAAUAAAAUAGCCUUCCUCAUGUUCAUAUGAACCCUUUUUGCUUUUUGGUUACAUUAGUUAUAUUCUAAGUGAUAACUAUACCGUACAUCAUAUAACAUUAUUUAGGCCAAUUGUAGAUUAAUUUAUCUUUAAAUAAGCGCACAAAUAAUGCAACAAGAUAAAUAAUUUAAAAUUUAGAUUUUUUUAUGUAGGUUUAGAGACAUAUUUAGGUUUAUUUAUAAAUGUAUAAUAACUUGCACUUAUAAUUUUUUCAUCAUAAACUUAUUGUUCCAAUGAAUUAAAUGCAACGUAAUCAUACAAAUAGAACUGUGAACAAAUAUAUAUCUUAAACAAUUCAAUA